AUGAAGAAAUCCGAGUGGGAAGAGACGCAGGGAAGUGGAGCCAUCCCCCGGCUGCCGGCCGGGACCAGCCGCUCGGUGAUCUGCCUUAUAAACACUCCCCAGCUGGUUGGUGGUACCCACGCGGGGCCAGUGCGGGGAAGGGCCUGGCGCGGGGCUUGCUUCCCUUUUGGAGGCCCUCAGAGUGCCUUGUCGGGGGGGUUAUUUCUUUCUCAUUCAGCAGGCAUGGAUGCAGAGGACUUCCUGGGUCCUGGUCAUUACCUGGCGCUCAGUGCGUGGACGUGGCUGUUGGACAACCGCGAGGACUAA